AUGGCCGGAGUUAAUGGUCUUCAAGCAGGUUGGGUUUCACGGGUUUUGGAAAGAGGAGAUCUGAAAUCGACCCGCCAGCGUCAAGACCUAAGUCCGACCGCCGGAUUCGUCGGAUCAGGUGGUUCCGGGUCGGGUUCGGGCAAAAUCCUACCAUGGCCCAUUACCAACUUGUUAAACGCAUUCUACGUUAUGUUCAAGGCACUGCUCAUUUUGGUUGGUUGUCCCACUAGCUGUCGAUCUACCACUGGCUUUUGCACAUUUCUUGCUAGCAAUUACAUCUCUUGGAGUGCAAAAAAACAGCCCAUUGUGGCCCGAUCUAGUGCUGAAGUUGAGUAUCGUUCCAUGGCUUCAACUACCAUUGAACUUACUUGGUUAUCUUUCCUUCUUUGUGAUCUUUGA